AUGGCAACCGAACAAGCAAAGAAGAAGCCACAAAUACCACAGCAACCCAAGACAUCGCUCUUGAGCCAAGGCUUGAUUGGUUUAUCAUGGAUUAUACUGUUCUUCUUUUUGGGUUCGUACUUGAUUACGGAAUCAUGGACUUGGGGAUAUCGUGGUAAAUGGACCAACAUCAACACUUACAUUCCACGCAAAGAGAUGAUAUUCACAGAGCAGGAAUUGCUGCAAUACGAUGGUUCCGAUCCUAAAAAGCCAAUUUACUUGGCCAUUGAUGGUGAUGUAUACGAUGUAACUCUCGGUGGAGGAUGGUAUGGUAAGGGAGGUAGUUACCAUCAUUUCGCUGGUAAAGAUGCAGCCAGAGCUUAUGUGACAGGAUGUUUCCAAGAUCAUUUAACGCACGAUACCAGAGGACUCAGUGAAGAGCAAUUGAAGGGCAUUGCACAUUGGAAAAAGUUUUAUGACAGACAUCACAAAUAUCAUAAAAUCGGGCGUGUCUUGCACGAUCCCAUUCCAGCAGAUGCACCUAUACCUAAACCUUGCAAAUCUGCAGUUGGCCAGAAACCAUAA